GGUGCUGAUACAGUACAGAGUGAUCGGAGAAUUUGAACCAGAGUUCAUCCCUUCAAAUGUAGCGUUGCAGAAUGGUCUAAGCGAUCUUUCGGAAGACGACUUCCGAGAUAAAUACGGUGACUAUUACCUAGCAGGACGACAACGUGGAUAUGGCUGUCGGAUGGUCAUUGUUUGUCAAGUUGAUGAUAAAAGUGUAACUGACAAGGCGGAAGUUGAGGCUCAGGCCCUUGUGGAAAAUUUCUUUAAAGCUGGAGCGGGCCAUUCGAACGUCAAGUCUCGCUCGAAAAGUUGCAGUAUACUGCAUGUGAUGAUUGAAACGUACGGAUGUUCGGCGGAUGCUUCAUAUCUCUCCAAUGGACUUCUCUCCCCAAAGGAUGCGCUCGCUGCUUUACCGAAGAUCAUGAAGGAUCCAAAAGGGACUCCGCGAAUUGGGAUUCUAUAUCACUACAGGUGUGCUUCAUUCUGUCUCCGAACAACACAAUUUCUAUAACCGUGUACUCUAUUGUCAGCACACUCAAACAUUGCAAGCUUCCUCGUAGUGUCACCGUUCAUUCGGAUGUCUUUGCAAAGAUACACGAAAUGCGCGAAUUAUAUUUCGACCUCCAAACAUAUCUUGAACACCCCGCUUUCCAAUCAGAAUUCUAUACUCGAGACGCCGAACGUGUUCGGUCCGCCAUUCGCGCGUUUGACAAGAAACGCAAGAACCUUGUUCGAAAUUUGAAGCUUGACCGCAAGCAGAAGCGAUUACAAGAUACAGAACUGUACGCUCAAAUUGCGGAGGCGAAGAUUAAAGCAGAGGCGUUGAUGAGACGACAUGAAUUCAUUGCCGGAGUGAAGGCCUUGUCGAGGAAGGCUUCUCGUAGUUCUAACCUUGGGACAAAGGACUCGCUGUCCUUCUUCUGGGAAUGCGGAAAAACCGGUGGGCGAGUGAAGAAGAAAAUGAGAUACUAUACGGAGGUGACUUUUGGCCCCGGGUUCGAUGCGUACGAGGCUGAAUGGGAAUCUCCGCUUGUCACCCCACUCAAUCCAUUCAUGAAGAAGUUUAUUCGCUCAGACCAGCCAGAGCAGAUGAAUUUCGUUCGAAUCGACCCAGAAGAAGUAGAUGGGAAGAAGGGUCGAUUGGAAGAAGAAGGAGAUGACAGAGAAUUCUUUAAUUUUCGCCUAGCCGGAGGAAAGGUCUAUGUUAUCGGAUGGACAUUAUCAUGCGUCUGGGAUGGAAAAGCCGGACCUGGCCCUGUCAUUCAACUGGACGAUGGUGAAAGUAACUUUGUUCUUAGUGAUCGAUUCAGCGUAAAGCUGGAUACUUCACGUCCUGGAAAAUGGCAUUGCAAGGUAACAUUCGUGUUCCAGUCGAGCUACAAUUUUCCGGAUUUGAAACUUGAACAGAGAAAUAUUCCUGAACCUGAUAUCAACAAAGACAUCUGACAACGUUGUUACCCUCCACUUCUCACCUCACAAUCCUUCAGUUUAAAUGUAGAGAGGAGUCGCCGGUGUUAUGGGAAGUCCCGGAAAUACCUGUAAAGUGUUCAUGAUGCGAGAUACUCAUUAAUGCAUAAUGAUGUUUCCUAUAUUAGGUCCAUGCCAUAUC